AGCUGCCGUUCAUCCUCAAAGAAGAAGAAGAAGGAGGCCACCGUAAUGUUUGUAGGAAAAUGCUGCCUGUAUUAGCUUAGGUCUCUUGUGUGAACGGUCAUUUUAGUUUCCAGCUAAGAGCCACCGCCCGGUGCAUGUUGUGGCACAGAAAGCGUGUUUUGUAUCCCUUGAUGGAGUCGGAUUUAAUAGUCAAACGCCGUUAAGUAAAUAGAAAGACAUAAAUUCGUUAGCGGUAACACCGUCGCAACGGUAAGCCAGUUAAGCUCAGCUAACGUUAAUUAGCUAGCAUUAUUUUGCUUCUCCAGGAUGUCGUACAGGAAAACUUUAAAACUUAUGUGUGGGUUCGCCGGAGGCUCUGCCGUCCUGGUGCUCGCCGCCGCCGCCGCCGGUGAGCCCCGCGGGUACUUCGGCGAGCUGCGUGGAGAGGCGGCCAGUCGUUGGUCGAGAUUUACCGUUCUUCAGGCGGCGCAGCCGGCGUGGACACCGGCCAGCCACACACCGGCACCGACAGGACACGCGUGGGACUUUAACUGGGAUAAGAGAGAUCCAUCUGCACUGACUAAUGGGAAGAAGACUAAUGCUCCAGCAGCUGAAGACCCCAGCUCCGAGCAGGACAACAGUAAACCAAAAGCUACACGCAACAUCCUCCUCAUCAGACACUCUCAGUACAACCUGAGCGGCACCAUCGACAAGGAGAGGAUCCUCACUCCAUUAGGUCGUGAGCAGGCAGAGUUCACGGGCGAGCGGUUGGCAGCAUUGGGACUCAAGUAUGAUGUUAUGAUCCACUCCAGCAUGGCCAGGGCCACAGAGACGGCCAAUAUUAUCAGCAAACACCUCUCAGGUCUAGGAGUGGAUCUUGUGAGCUGUGAUCUGCUGAGAGAGGGAGCACCUAUCGAGCCCGUUCCACCGGUCACUCACUGGAAGCCCGAUGCUGUGCAGUACCACGAAGAUGGAGCGCGCAUUGAGGCAGCCUUCCGCCGAUACAUCCACCGGGCUGACCCCAAGCAGAAGGAGGACAGCUACGAGAUCAUCGUGUGUCAUGCCAAUGUCAUCCGUUAUUUUGUCUGCAGGGCUCUACAGUUUCCUCCAGAAGGCUGGUUACGUAUGGGCCUGAAUAACGGCAGCAUCACAUGGCUCACCAUUCGACCAAGCGGCAGGGUGGCCCUCAGAACUCUGGGAGAUGCAGGAUUCAUGCCCCCGGACAAACUAACACGGACCUGACGGCCCAACGCAUGGCAGGUUUCUGGGACUCCGAUGCCUCGUCAGUUGGAUGCAGGGUCAAAGCUCAGUUUUCUCCUUAAGUGUCUUGAAAAUUACUUUUGAUGUUCUUUUUUUGUAAUUGAACUACCAUCAUCGAAUGAGACUCUGAUGUUGUCAUCACUUCCGUGCCAUAGAACGCCAGCAGAAGUGAUGAACAGCUGCUCCUGAAUGUAUUUGAGGAUUUUUUCACGAGUGACAGAUUUUUAAACCAAAAAAAGUUGUUUUUGUAUAGCUGUUGUAAAUGCAAAUCUUGCUCUUAGCAUUACAUCUAUCAUUACAGUGACGUGAGGAUUAUUGUGUUGUAUGGUGCAGCUAUAGUAAAUAAAAGAAAAUGAUAAUUUC